CCACUCCCCGCGAGACCUCUGUCCAUCGACACUCAACCAUCGACAACGAAUCAACAACCACUGUUCUUGUCGUCAAAGAUCUCGUCAACAUAAAUUCAACCUUCUCGGUUUUACUUCUGUCAAGUUAUCCACAACAACAGUCAAGAUGGUUCUCGCUGUCGACCUCCUCAACCCCAGCCCUGCUGCUGAGGCCAAGAAGCACAAGCUCAAGACUCUGGUGCCCGCUCCCCGAUCCUUCUUCAUGGACGUCAAGUGCCCCGGCUGCUUCACCAUCACCACCGUCUUCUCCCACGCACAGACCGUCGUCAUCUGCCAGGGCUGCACAACCGUCCUCUGCCAACCCACCGGUGGCAAGGCUCGUCUGACCGAGGGCUGCUCCUUCCGCAGGAAGUAGAUGCCUCGCGGCAUCCCAUUUCCUCUUCCUCCUUGACGGCUGUUUACGACGAGACAAGGGCAUCGACCAUGGGGUUUGGCACAUCGGACAUCUCAAGAUGCAAGGGCAUGGACUCGACAUAGGCGACGACAUCUAGGGCGUACAUUAGACAAGUCAGGUGGUCUUGGGCCGACCUUGUGUUGCGGGUAGAAGAUGGAACCUCCAAAAUUCAACCUCGAUUGAACAAAAACGGGGGGUGGCGUUUGGGGUCCGGAUAUCUUGCAUCAACAAAUCGAAGUUUUCUUUUUUCGGGUUCUCUCUCUCCCCCACACACAUUCGACACGUGCGCGGAGGAUCGUGAUGACUGGUGGCUACGGUGGUGGUCGUGGUUUUGAAAAACAUGCCGUGUUGCUGUUAUUACUGUUGCUUGCAUUUCUCCCCCUUUCCCAAGCACAGCGGGGAAUAUGCUGCGAUACUACACCCGGAGGAUAGCUGGAAAUUGUGCAUUCUCACACGAGCGUUUAGAAGCUGUCUGCCAUGUCUUGCGAUGUUUUGGGCAUGGCAAUGCAUGGCAUUACAGGUUGCCUGCUGGACGUGAUGACGUGGAUCGCUGAUUGAGGAUUGCUAUCUUUUAUGUAUACCCGGAGCGCACUCGUGGUUGGGAAAAUGUACUCGAGCUUGUUUGUGACUUGCGAUGUAAUGGACCGACGGACUUUAUACCUCCU